AUUUGUAGAAGCUUUAAUCUCUUUCGAUUGCAACUGAGCUUCUGAAACAGAAGUAUUUUAAGUGCAAAUGAUAAACUUUGGUAAUUACGUUUACUACAAAAACUGAAGCGAAUUUAAUUUAUCCCUCAAGAUCGCUUCGGAUAGUCGAAUAGGGUAUUUUUUAGUAAAGAUCAGUCAAAAUAAUCGAAAGAUCAGCUUUAAAUAAUCGAAUUUCAUUGCAUGCCAUCGAUUGCAGUCAAUCUCUAGAAAUCAGUACACACAUAGUGCUGGUGAUCAAAAAGUUACCUCGAUCAAAAAUUUCCCUUGAUCAAAAAGUUGCCUCGAUCACAGAAUUCAAAAUACAAGUUUAUUCUUCGAAAGUGAUAUUAUGGCCUUCAAAGUACUCCUCAUCAAGUGCAAGACAGUUGUGCCAGCGUGUGAUCCAGCUUUCGAAACAUUUCUGAAACUCAAUUUUCGGUGGUAUAGUCAUCAGAGCUGUCUUCGAUAUUUUCAUUACGCCCUUUCGGCUGUUAAAAUGCGUUAGCCGUAGUGGUCUUUUGACCCGAUUAAACAGAAAGAAAUCGCAGGGAGCCAUAUCAGGUGAAUUCGAUGGCUGUUGGAUGGUAUUCGCUUCAUUCUUGGUCAAAAUUUCAUGGAUGAUGAUUUCACUGUGCGAUGGUGCAUUAUCAUGUUGAAAAAUCCGCGAGUUGUUUUCCCACAAAUCCUUCCUUUUUUGCUUCACGUAUACGUCUUGUAACGCCCAAAUAAUAUUUAUUAACUGCCUGACCUUCUAGCGAAAAUUCUUGGUGUAAAAUACCGCUGUAAUCCAUAAAAACCGUGAGCACCGUUUCCUUUUUUGACUGAAAGUGCCGCGGUUUCUUGGUUUGGCUCAAUCAGCUUUUGAAUCUGAACUUAAUUUUUUCCCUGUGAAUUGCUUUUCUUCUUAGGGUGGAGUGCAGUGAGCUUCGGUGACACGAUGGCAAUUAAUGUUGUAUUUACAAUUUCUAAAAGUCGAACAAGUACAUAAGUACUUCUUAUCAUAUACACUUUCCUAUAAUAUAGACCCAAAUAUCUGGCAAGGCUUCCUACACGAUUUCUUAGGGCUAAAAUUUUUCAGUUUAAGAAAAAAAGGGCACUGAUCGUAAUGAUAAUUUACUGUUUCCAGCUGCUACAUACAGUCAAACUACUGGUAGUCAGUUUAAAACGAUUACAAUCAAAUAAUUUCCAUCGAUUCCCGCUCAUAUUUUUGGAAAAAAAUUAUAAAUAAAUAAUCAAAGAGUCCACUUGCAAGAAAUACAUAUCAUUUGAAAUUGAGCUGCAAUCGAAAAUGCGAAAAAGUGUGCGAAAAAUGUGCACGCCGCAUAACACUCGUCCCCACCAGUCGAACGCCAAUUUUCGAACAGGAUUUGUAAGGGCUUGCAGAAAUGAGCUACAAAGGCAAAAUUCGUAAAAAAAUAUAUGUAUGUUUAUAUGAGUGUGUAUAUUUUCAGCUUUGCGCAAUAGUAUUCCCCUUUGCAAUUCACGUAAAAUUCGCAUGAGUGCUCAUAUAACGGUACCCCAAUGACGUUUGUUGCCUUUUGUAUGUUUCUCGGCUUGCGCAUUGCUUUCGUCGUCCAUUUUUUCGGUUCCUUCACAACUGCAACUGACUUGUCGAAAGCAGCUUUGUAGCUUUUUUUAGUUUUCAAAUAAUUUAGUGCAUUUCGUGCUUGUGAUACUCUGGCCGCUGGCGGUUUCUUGAGAAGACCUAACGCAGAGUGUGGAAAUUAAAAAUAAACAAAAUAAAAAAUAUUGAAAUAUAAAUAAAAAGUAAAAAUUAAAGGCAAAAGCCAUGCAACAAAUAGAAAGCAGCGAAAUGUUUUGGUUUGCCUGCAGUGGAGAUAAGGUGGCAGUAAAUGCGGUCGUACAACAGAGCCAGCAACAGGCUUUACUCAACAAAUCCAAUGAUGAUCUGCGACGGAAACGCCCGGAAACUACGCGGCCAAAUCACAUUCUACUCUUCACCAUCAUAAAUCCAUUCUAUCCCAUCACAGUGGAUGUUUUGCACAAAAUCUGCCAUCCCCACGGUCAGGUGCUGCGUAUUGUCAUCUUCAAGAAGAAUGGCGUGCAAGCAAUGGUGGAAUUCGAUAGUCUUGAGGCGGCAACAAGAGCACGUGAGAAUUUAAAUGGUGCCGAUAUUUAUUCGGGCUGCUGCACUUUGAAAAUUGAUUAUGCCAAGCCGGAGAAAUUGAAUGUAUACAAAAAUGAGCCAGACACCAGCUGGGACUACACACUUACCGCAGUUAAGGAGAUUGGAAAUGGUCGAUCACCGCUGCUACAAGAGCCGCUAUAUGGAACACGCCCACAGCCCUACAGUAAGUUUCAGCCAAAUAAUUUCAUUACAACCACGACAAGUGGUGCCAUUGGCCUCAUAUCCACACCAACCAAUUUUUGUCAAUUUAAAGAACCACCACUGCUGGGACCCGGCGCCGCUUUUCCACCAUUUGGCGCAGCGGAAUUCCAUCCCACCACACCGGAGAAUUGGAAGGGAGCCACCAUUCAUCCGACCGGACUGAUGAAGGAGCCAGCUGUGGUGCCGGGGCGCAAUGCACCCGUCGCAUUCGCCACACAGGGACAAGGACAGGACAUUAUACCUUCUCUCCAGGGUGCUGUCAUGAUGGUUUAUGGCUUGGAUCACGACACAUCGAAUACAGAUAAAUUAUUCAAUUUGGUCUGCUUAUACGGCAAUGUUGCAAGGAUUAAAUUUCUGAAAACCAAAGAAGGCACCGCUAUGGUACAAAUGGGCGAUUCGGUCGCCGUCGAACGCUGUGUCCAACAUUUGAACAACAUUCCCGUCGGCAAUGGUGGCAAAAUCCAAAUUGCCUUCUCCAAACAGAAUUUCCUGUCCGAAGUUAUAAAUCCAUUUUUAUUACCCGAUCAUACACCCAGUUUUAAGGAGUAUACCGGCUCAAAGAAUAAUCGCUUCCUGUCGCCAGCCCAGGCAAGCAAAAAUCGUAUACAACCACCGAGCAAGAUUCUGCACUUUUUCAACACACCGCCUGGCUUAACCGAAGACCAGCUCAUAGGCAUUUUCAAUAUCAAAGAAGUGCCCGCCACAUCGGUGCGAUUAUUCCCACUCAAAACGGAGCGUUCCUCAUCGGGCCUGAUUGAGUUCCCAAAUAUUUCACAGGCCGUGUUGGCCAUCAUGAAGUGUAAUCAUCUGCCAAUUGAGGGUAAAGGUACCAAAUUCCCCUUCAUCAUGAAACUCUGCUUCUCGUCGUCGAAGAGCAUGAAUGGCGCCUGGAAUAAUGCCACCAACGAGGGCAUGAUCGAGAAAGAGAAUGAAGCGGAAGUUAAACAGGAUGUAUAUAAUUGAGAUUUAAUACAAAUCCUUUAAGCUUAAAAACCCAACAACAACAAUAACACAACACAACCAUAUAUAAAUAAAUAGAGACAACAUUGAAAAGCAACAAAAAAAUAAUAAAAAAAUUAAAACAAAACACAAAUGCAAAUAACAACAAUGAAAACAAAAACAAAACGAUUAGAAACUAGAAUGGCAAAGACAAACAGCGCUGCAAGCCGCAAAGCAGAAGUACGAGUGUAAGAAGAAAAAGCGAAGAAGGCAAACUAGGAAAGUUACGUAAACGCAAUGAAGCGGUGCGCCGCAGACGAAAGCAGCGUAGAACAAGUGAAAGCGAGCAGCGCGAAGAGCGUUAAGAAAACAAUUUUUCGUUUGGAUAACAAACAACAGCAACCAGAAUAAUAACAACAACAACAACAAAGGCACUUUUUUUAGUAUAAUUCGUUGGUAUUGAAAUGAGACAAUUAUUAUUAAAAUAAAAAAUUUACUUUAAUUACUAUUAUUACGAACUAUACUUAUGUAUAUUACUUAGCUACAUUUAAAAAUAUUAUAUAAUUAUUUCCUAUUUUUCGCUCAUUAAUGUUUUUGGUUCUGUUAACGAAUUUUUCACACACCCAACACGCAUUGAUGCGCACUUGACGACAUUUUUUGACUGGAGCGAAAUGUGUAGACAUACAUACGUACAUACAUAUUUGUAUAAUAUAAUAUUGUUUUGAUGCAGAGAAUGCGGUAGAAGAAGGCGAAAAAUGGCAAAAAAAAACAAAAAGCAAAAAAAACCAAAAACUAUGUUUUUGAAAAAAUUUGAUUGCUUUAUUUUAAAAACCUAAGAGCCGCCUUGAAGGAAGCAAUUCAUGCAAAAAGUAUACCCACACGCAUACAGAUACACAUAUUGUAUGUAAAUAUACGCUGGCUGUUGAGAGUGGUGGUUACACUUAAAAUUGUAUUUAAAUUAGUUCUUAAUUUUUAUAAUUAUAAUUUCCCAUUUCAUUUCAUUACAUCGCAUCGGUUCUUUCAUUGUACUACUCUUAUUACAUACAUACAUAUGUAUAUUAUUAUUAUAUUAAUAACUACUUCGCCCAAAAUCAUUCGCCUGUUGAAUUUGUAAAUUGAAAUUGAGUGGACAUUAGUUUUAAAUAUAACUAUACUUAUAAAAUUAAAUUUAAAACAAAAAAAAAACAAAAUUAAAGAACAAAAAAUAGAGAAAAAAAUUUUUCGAAAAUAAAUGCUAAAGAAACAAAAAAAACAAACAAACAAGAAAUGAAAGUAGCAUUGAAUUUCGUUAGGUGAAAUAUAUAUUUAAUUUGACAAUAUUAAGCAAAAGAGCCAGAAAAAAGAAGUACAUAUUAGUUGAAGAAGAAAACAAAAACAAAACACGAAAAAGGAUAACAAUAGCAGCAGAAGUUAGCGGAAAAUUAUAGAAUUGCAAAUGAAAAAUUUGCAACGCCACAAAAGAAAAUAUUGAAGAACAAGAGCCAACAAAAUGAAGCCAGCAUAUUUUAUAAGAAAAAUAAAGCAAAAAUGGCAAACAAAAAAGUUAGUAAAAAAUCCCCAAAAAAAGUAAAUAAAUAAAUAAAAAAUUAUUAACAAGCAAAGGCUGCAGAAAAGUACGUGAAAAUGCCAAUUUGCUUAAAAAUAUUUUUUUUCUCCAUCUAACUAUUAACUCUCUCUCGCUCUCAUGUAUGUAUGUAUGUAGUUGGCUUCAUAUCCAGGCGAAAGGGCUGAAAGCGCAUACAAACAAGCGAACAGCUCAUAAGCUCAGAUAGAGGCAGAGAAAGUGAAAGCAGACAUAGACAUAGACAGAGACAGAGGCAGGGGAAGUGCGUGUUUAGCACGAAAGAGACAACAAUAUAUUUGUAGAGUAAAAUAAAGCGAGUUAAAAAAACAACUACUGUGUAUUAGUUUAGCAGAAUUGUGUGCAAUUUGAAUUGAAUUUAAAAAUUCAGUUAGUAGUAGUUGAAAAGUAUAAAAAAAAUAUAAACAAAAACAAAAAAUAAAAUAAUUUAAAUUAAAAUAAAAUAAUAUAAAGUAAAGCUAAAUAAAAAGCUUUAUUAAGCUGAGAGGAGCUGAGAGAAGCCGUAGCUGAGGAAUAAGUAAAAGAAGUAGAAGUAAAAGUAGAAGAGGAAGUAGAAGAAGAAGUAGGAGAAGAAGAAUCAGAAGAAGAAGAAGACGAAUGAAAGAAAGCACACGCGUCGCAUGGCCGGCCAUUAGCGAAGUAGUAAAUGACGCGUCAAACGAUUGUUGUAGCAAACAGACGAUGGCAAAAUGUGGAAUACUUUAACUUAACGUAACGCAAAAGCAGUGUGCGUGUGAACACUGUUGCACAAGCUGAAAUCUACAAAACAAAUAAAAGACAUUAUUUUUGUUCUAAUACUUUUUUAAACAAUAUAUGUAUAUAUAUAUAUAUAUAUUGUAUAUAUAUAAUAUGUAUGUAUGUAUAUAAUAUAUUUACAGGUAUAUAUAAAUAUAUAUAUGUAUAUGUAUAUACUAUUACUAAUAAAUAAUUAUUAAAAAUAAAAACAAAAAAAAAGCAAAUGAAAUUGAGUAAGAGUAAAUAAGCGCUAAAAAAUUUAAAGGUAAUAAAAUAAAUUUAUUGAAAUUAUUUAAAAGUAAUUUAAUGCAGCAAAAACAAGAAACAAAAAACAGAAAUAUUUGAAAUAAUUGUAAUUGUAUGGAAUAUGAUAAAGCUAUUAUAAUUAAUUAAUUAUUAUUAUUAUUAAUAAAAGAAAUCAUUAAAUUAAUUAUUAACAUUAUGAGUACUAUAAUUGCUAUAUAUAAUUUUAUUUAUAUAUAUAUAUAUAUAUAUAUACGUGUAUAUGUAUAUGUAUUCAAAGAAAGAAAAACGCAAACAAACAAAACUACCAUUUUUAUGUAUGUAUCGAAAAACAUAACAACAACAAAAAAACCAAAAGAAUGAAAGGGAUUUUAGAAAUAGCGCGCCAGACGCCAUGAAAAGGCAAGAAACGCUUAAAGAGCGAAGCAGUGAAAGAGCAGAAAGAGGGCUUAAGUUAGCAGAAAAGCAAAGCAAAUCGCAAAGGUGGUUAAAUUUUGCAGGGAAAAAGGUCAGCAAAGAAAUAGUAAAGCGCACGAGAACAGAGAAAACACAGCAAAUGCUAAAGAGACUGCAGUGAAAAGGGUAUAGACAACAGACUCGGUAGAGUGAGACACGACAAGCGUUAUCUCGCGAUUACUAUUUGUGAAUUGAAACACAUCCGAAUUGAAAUACGCGGUAUUUGAGUCAAUUUUUAUUUUUGUGGCGCAAUACAAUUACAAAACUCCAGAAACUUGUGUGCUUAUAAAAUUCUGUUAAAUAUGGAAAUUUGCUAAAAAAUAUAUUUCAUUACAAUAUUUCAGUACUGAGGUCAAUAUUUAAGGUCUCCACGAGGCCGCUAAUUAUAAAGGGGCAGUGGAAAGGCGAAAUUUAGUGGUGAUCUACAAAAGAAGGAGACAGUUAAGCAUUGCUGCAAGCUAGUGUCACGAGGAAUACCAAAUCAAAAAAAUAUAUAUAUAUAUCUACUUGUCACAUUUUCUAGUAGUUCCGAAUUCUGCAUUAAAAUCUGAGAAAAAAAAAGUACACUAGCGCAUAGCUCUAGAGUGAAUUUCGAGUGUCCAAAAUUUCAAAAGAAGCUAUCUUUAAUUAGCACGAGAUUUUUUUUAAUUUGUUUCUGUCUUUUUUGUUAAUUUUUUUUUUUAAUUUAAACUUUAUUUAGUAUUCCAUCUAUACUUAAAAAUUAUAGAGGACUGUUUACAAAUAUUUGAAUUCAUUUAAAAAGUGACGUUGAUUUAAGCAUUAAAGGCACAUUUCCUGUGAAAUAUUCGUUCUAGUAAACAAAUUUAAUAUUUUAUAGAUAGCUCUAAGAUGAGCUGGAUAGGUGUUUUCCUUUUCAAAGAUACGCAAUGGCGACACGAGAGUAGAGGCCAGUACAUUCGGGUGUGAUCGAUAUUUGCUGUUCGAAAAUUGAGAGAGAGUUAAGGCAUUGAAGAUAGAAAAUGGAAAUAAUACAUUUGCUGUUGAAAAUAAAAUGAAUGUAAAACCAAAAUAAUCGCAAA